AUGGCCCUUAUUCAGACCAAUAAGGAUCUCAUUUCUAAAGGAAUAAAGGAAUUCAACGGCCUGCUGAAUCAGCAGGUCUUCAGUGAUCCUGCCGUCUCUGAAGAAGCCAUGGUGACGGUGGUGAACGACUGGGUGAGCUUCUACAUCAACUAUUACAAGAAGCAGAUGUCGGGGGAGCAAGAGGAGCAGGACAAGGCUCUGCAGGAGUUUCGGCAAGAGCUCGAUACCCUGUCUGCCUCUUUCCUGGACAAGUAUAGGAACUUCCUGAAGUCCUCAUGA